CUGAUCACACCUUACGUUGACCCCGUUGACCCCGAGGGAGCCCGUGAGCAGAAGGCCUAUCCCCACCUCCAAACAGUGCCAGAGAAGCCAUCAAGUCCCCCCACUGCCUGCGGGGCAGCAUGUGAGGGUGAGGAGUCCACGGACAGUUGGCUGGCCCAGGCCUUCAUGAGGCUGCAGCUGAGGUUCUGGCUGAGGCCGCGGCUACCUGAAGCUGGGCUGCAGGACGCGCCCCCCCAGACGGCUCAGUCCACGGCUGCGGACUGGACCACCAGGUCUAUGCCUCCCCGACUGCUUCCAGGCUUUUCCUCUUGCAUUGUCAGUACACAGAUCUCGUGCCGGCUCCUUCUCGUUGACUCAUCCUUGCACGUGGUGAGGUUUUCUGGACAAGCACUUGCAGAAGAUCCAUUCAAGGACAAGACCGAGGUCAGGUUCCAUGCCUUCGGGAAUGUCCUCAUGAUCCUGGGUGUGGGUGAGAGAUUGCUCCAGGUGCAGGACGCGCAGAUGGAGGGCUUGAGUCCUGCAGUGUCUCUUCUGUCCCCGGCUCCCAGCACGUGGCUUGUGG